AUGGAGCUGAAUAACAGCACAACAAGAACUAUAUCUUGGAAGAGUCAAGAUGAAAGAAACACGCUCUGUAUCUGGAGGAUCAAAGGCGAUGAAGGAGACAUAGUUUCUCUAAAGAUUGAGGAACUUCAACUGGAAAUGGAAAGCGAUUUUCUCAGAGUUUUGGAUGGAACUGAUUGCGGUGCAGAAGUUAUUUACUUUUUCAGAGGAAACUCGACGUUCCAACCUCAGUCGAUUUAUAGCACUUCAAAUGCUAUGGUCAUCGUUCUGGCCGUGCCAAUAGCAAAAUAUGAUCACAUAAACUCAAGCUAUUCUUUCCCGCGUAUCACUGUCCAAAGCUCAGAAAGCGCAACUAUACUUGAAGAUGAACCAACGAGCGAUAGAGCCCUGAAUAUCGCUGGUAUAUGCGGACAAGAAGUAAUCAUCCACAUUCCCAGAGAACUCUCUUGGAAAAGAAAAUAUCGUGCGGAUUCUCUCUGUACGUGGAGUAUAAGGAGCAUACCCGGGCAACAGUUGGCAUUGUCAAUGGUCGAUUUCAAUCUCGGGACUGAAAGUUAUUUGCAAAUUCUGGAAGGCAACAAUCAGAACAUGAAGUUGAUAGCUCAGUAUUCGCUUUCCAUGUAUGAAUGGCUUCCUACAAUCUACGCCCCAUCCGGCCGCAUGGUCAUGGUGAUAAAUUCGCCUGCCAAAAGUGCUGGAGGUUAUUUCCGAGCUCAUUUGUCAUCAGUAGAUUUCAAUAUGAGCACUGAACAGGGAUACACCGGGAAUGGAGGUAAAAUUAUUUUCUUAAUCUUCGGUGCAAUUAAAAACAGCGUAUUUCAACUUGCAGGUGCAUGUUAA